AUGGGCGAACUCCAUCACAAAAUUGACCUAGGGCAAGCUCGCUCCCUAAUAAACACACACAUCAGGCGAAUCAGUCCCGAUCUCCAAACCAACAUCAACAAAGCCCUCCACGACCACCCCGAAACGUGCUACAAAGAAUUCUUCGCCCACGACACCCUCACCACAUUCCUCUCCAAAAAGGGACUCUCUGUCACCCCAAAAACCUACGGCCUAGAAACGUCCUUUGAAGCAUCUACCGGCCAAGGCGGUCGUCAAGUCGUCUUCUGCGCCGAGUACGACGCCCUCCCUGACAUAGGCCAUGCCUGCGGACACAACCUCAUCGCCACAUCGUCCAUCGCAGCCUUCCUCGCAGCCGGCCAUGUCUUACACACGCUCAACAUCCCCGGCCGAAUCCGUCUCCUAGGCACACCAGCUGAAGAAGGCGGGCUAGGGAAACAGUUUCUCAUCGACGCCGGCGCCUUCGAUCCACCAGAGGAUAUAGCCGCCGCGAUAAUGGCCCAUCCCGCAUCGCAGAAGAUGAUACCGUCCCACUCAGGAGUCGAAUACAGUGGCAUCGCGGGCCCGAAAACCAGUGCAAGUCAUAAAUUCAAGGUUGAGUUUCGGGGGAGGACUGCUCACGCGGCUGCUGAGCCUUGGAAUGGGAUCAAUUCCCUGGAUGCUGCGGUUUCGGCGUAUAAUAGCGCCGCCAUGUUGAGGCAGCAGAUUCGGCCGGAUGAGAGGAUCCAUGCGGUGAUAGAGGUUGGCGGGACGGUGCAGAAUGUGAUUACUUCGUAUUCGAGGAUGAGCUGGAAUGUGAGGAGCCCGAGUUUGAAGAGGGCGGAUGAGUUGUUGGAAAGGGUGAGAAGGUGUAUUGAGGGUGGUGCCGCUGCGACGGGCUGUACUGUCACUUAUUUGCCGACGUUGACGUCUGCCGAUUUACGAGUCAAUGAGGCACUUUGCAGGGCAUAUGUAGAGGAUAUGGGUACUCUGGGGAGGAAAGUCGUCGAAACUCAUGGCGAGCCCUCAGGUGGCUCUACUGACAUGGGUAAUGUGUCGCAUUAUGUGCCUAGUUUUCAUGGCAUGUUCUCCGUGACGAAGGAGCCGGAUGUGGUGAUUCAUAAUCCGGGCUUUACGGCCUGCGCUGCUACGGAUGAAGCGCACGCGGAGGCUAUGAGGUGUGCCAAGGGUAUGGCAAUGUUGGCGGUGAGGGUAUUGGUUGAUGAUGUGUUGGCGGAUAAAGCGCGAGAGGAUUUCAAGAGGUGUGAGUAG